AUUCCCAUCGUCAGUCGUGCAGUGUAGGUACUCAACGCCUCAUCGAAAAUUUAUUAUGGAUUCUGCAGAUUUUAUCCACCAUUAUUCAGUAUUUACUUGUUGAAUUGUUAAGAAAGUUUGAGCAUAAAUAAAGGUUGGUAAUAAUUGAAAACUUAUGAGAUUUUAAACACAAAAAAACAAAUUGGAAUUUAAUAAGGUUUAAGUAAAUAAAUAAAUCGUUUAUAUUUGUCCUAUACUUUAAUCUAGAUAUGUACAGAACAUGUCUGUCUAUAAAUUAGUUGAUUGAUAUCACAAUUCUAUAGCAAUAAAACAAUAGCAUAAAAUAAUUGGUUCUUCAUAAAACGGUAGCAAUUAAUGUUAGUAUUUGUAUCCUAUAUGAUGUAAGUAAACAAUAGUAAAUCUAUCACCUAUUCGCCAUAGAUAUAAACUAGGGAUAUUCUGAGUAAUAUUUCAUUUUAUGAACCAAAGAUGUACUUUGUAUUUGGCAUGCCAUACAUAGAUGUUAACUGCCUUAAGUAUGACAUUGAUCUUCUUUAUUUUGAGGCUAGAAAUGCCUUCAACUUCUUUGGUAAGACGAAGGAAGCAUCGAUGGCUAAAAAUCUUGGGCUACAGUACAGAAGAUAUAAUCAAAUGGAGGAAAUUUGGUCUCAUAACCAUUGCUAUAACUGUUGUCUCCGCUCAUAUAUAUCUACAACAGUCUGAAGAUACACUUGUGGGUAAAAUGACAGGUUUGCAAGCCACAUCUAGAAAAUUAUUGGCCAACUCUACUUCUCAUGGACCAGAAUGGGAAUCGUGUGAUUUUGAAAAUAAUCAUAUUCCUGGACUGUGGAUAUUUUCACAUGCAGUCUGUGUAAUAAUCGUCUUUAUUGAGGAUGUUGCUGGGGCUACGUUCAUGGCAGGUGGAAGCUCUGCACCGGAACUUUUCACUUCCGUAGCUGGUGUUGCAGUGAAAACGGACGUUGGUGUCGGAACUAUCGUCGGCUCGGCAGUAUUUAAUCUGUUGAUCAUUAUCGCUUUAACUGGCGCUUUGGCUGGACAAGUUUUGAACCUUGACUGGCGUCCUCUCUUACGAGACUCUUUCUUCUAUGCCAUGAGUAUUGCUUGUUUCAUUGUCUUUUCUUGGGAUGCAAAAUUUAGUCAUUGGGAGGCCGCUGUGCUCUUAUGUCUUUACAUUGCCUAUAUCGGACUUAUGUUUGUGAAUCCCAACCUUAUGAAUUGGAUGUCAACGUGGCGGGGCUGCUGUAAAAGCUCAAUGAUUAACCCAACAUCGAUGGAAGAUGGGCCUGAGACGGAACAAACAGGAGCAGACGAAAAAAAUGAAAACAAACUGCGUAAGCAGUCUCUGGUUGGAGGUCAUGCUAGAAGAGUUUCAGUUAUCUCUCAAAUAUCUCACGAGCAAGAAGGAAAACAGUUUCAUCAUGAGAAGAGACAUUCAAUUUCGGCUGCUCUAAUGUCAAAAUCACCACCCCAUUCGCCUUCCGUUGUGAAUCAAGGACUCCACCUUUUCCAAAACGUAACAAAAGCUCAUCAAAAAGCCGAUAGUGGAUUUCAAAGCCGGGAAGCCUCCACUCACGAAAGUGUCAUUAAUUCUACUGGCGACGUUCAAUCAUCGCCAGAUAGACAAAAAUUACCACCCUUACAAAGCUCGCCUCCUAAUCAUAAUGAUAGCUAUCAGCUUCAAAAUCUUUCCUCACCUCCCCCAUUACCACCUAUUUCUAAUGGCAAUGAUCCAGUUAAUGGAAUUAAACAGAUGAACAGACCAAACCGUACAAGCGUAACUUCCCAACAAAACGACAUCAAAGAAGAAAUUUCAAAUGAAUCCAACGAAAAUGUUAAUAGAGAGAAUGACGGAGAUGAUACUGACCAUGAAGAAACUAUACGCUGUUGUCCAUGUUCCGGAUGUCCCAAAGUGCGAACCUAUCCUCCUAGCUGUGAAAUUGCUAGAACUGAAGGCGGUUGUCUCAAUUGGCUCAAAACAAUAGGACGUUGGUUAUUAUGGAUUCCAUCAUUUCCCUUUCUUUGCCUCUUCUCUUGGACAAUUCCAGAUUGCUCGAAACCUCAUUUACAAAAGUUUUUUCUCUUUAGCUUUUUUAUAUCGGUUGCAUGGAUUGCUCUACUCAGCUUUACUAUGGUUACACUGGUUGGACGUACUGGAUGCAUUCUAAACAUAGACAGCUACGUCAUGGGUUUAGUUAUUAUUGCCGUUGGCACUAGCAUACCGGAUGCCCUAAGUUCUGUUUUAGUUGCCAGGGACGGCUAUGGAGAUAUGGCUGUAUCAAACGCUAUUGGUUCGAAUGUAUUUGAUAUUAACCUGGGCCUGGGUCUACCUUUUCUCAUUCGUAUUGGAAUUGACAAAGGAGAUCCAAUCAAGCUGUUGCAAUUAGAUUCAGAAUGGAACGACUAUUACGACGGAACCAUGAAAAUUGUACCGCAUGCGAAAUUUGAUUAA